AUGCAAGACGCUUGGACGGCUAACAAAACCGAGGAGAUCCAAGGGUACGCGGACCGCAACGAAUGAAAGAACUUCUUCGCCGAAAUCAAAGCUGUCUACGGUCCGACGACCAAAGGCACUGCUCCUCUCCUCAGCACUGACGGCAGUACCCUCCUGACCGAAAAGACCCAAGUCCUACAGCGAUGGGCCGAGCACUUUCGAGGCGUCCUCAACCGCCUCUCCACCAUCUCUGACGCCGCCAUCGCCCGUCUGCCUCAAGUUGAGACCAACGUGGACUUCGACCUCCCGCCCUCUCUCCAUGAAACAGUUAGGUUCGUACAGCAGCUCUCCAGCGGACGCGAUCCCUGCUGA